AUGAGGAAUGACGGCGACGCGCUGGCGAGCACCCCCGAGGAUGCCGAGGUGGACGCCGGGGACGUGGUCGGCGAGGUGGUGAAGCAACCAAAGGACGCCCCUUCGCGGGACGAGCCCACGUCGAUGGGCUGGCUCGCGCGCUAUUGCAGGCACUGCGAGCGCAAUCCCUGGACCGGCUUCUUGUCCGUGUUUUUCACCGUUCUCGUCAUGGCCGUCGUCGUGGGCGCCUUCGGGCUCGCGAGGUUCGACACCGAAAACGACAAGGAGUGGGUCAUACUCGAGGACGAGGUCACCAGCCGAACCGACGCGGCGGAGGCGGCGCUCAAACUGCGAGACCGAUCCAUCGGCAAAGUCGCGGGCGCAGCCAUCUUACCCAGGGAGAAGGAAUCCGAGGGCGCGACGCUUAUGUUCCAGUUCGAAUCCACCGUAGACGGCGUAAGCGUCUUCAACCGCGAGUCCAUCCUCCUGAUGAAAGAGAUCAGCGACAUGGUGCUCGCCACCCCGGGAUACGCCGACGUGUGCCAGCUGGCGUACGACGGCGAGGGCGAAAACGCGACGAGCCUCGGAUGCGUCCCGCCGGUGUCGCCUCUGAACUACUUCUUUCCGACGGUGACGCGCCACGCCAACGGCACCGUCGCGAACGUCACGCACGACGGACUCGGGGCGGAUCUGGUGACGGACAUCGACGCGGUGGUGCGAUCGUUCGACGCGGACAGGCGCGGGAUGGGGUAUUUUCUCGACGGGGGUUUCGACCCGCAAACGCUUCACAACCGAAUGACCCGGCUCAAGUACCCGGUCGGCGCCCCCUUAAAGGGCUUCAAUGACAACAGCAGGGACGAGGAGAAGCAGGAGAACAAGGUUGGUAAGCUGUGGCUGGACGCGGUGGAGAAGGCUCUGUUCGAGAGGUUCGGGAUGAGCGCGGGUUUUCUGUCGUCGCCGUACUUGGGCAUACCGAGCGAACGGGACGUCGAGGUGAGGUGGUACGCCGCGUAUCUACGAAGGCGGGACUCGCAGCUGAUCAUCAACUACGAUCUCGCGUGGGCGUUCGCGUCGAUCCUGUCCGUGUGGGGAUACAUGGCCUUCAGCACGGGCAGCGUGUUCAUCGCGUCGCUGGGCAUGUUCGAGAUUCUGAUGUCGCUCCCGGUGUCCAUCUUCAUAUACAAGCUGGUGUUCCGAAUCGCCUACCUCGGGAACAUACAGGUGCUCUCCAUAUUCAUCGUGCUCGGCAUCGGCGCCGACGACGUCUUCGUGUUUUACGACGCCUUCAAGCAGAGCGCGCUCGUGCCGCACGUCAAGGAUAACAUCCUCGACCGAGUCACGUACACCGCGGAACGCGCUUCAAAGGCCAUCAGCGUCACGUCGUUCACCACCAUGAUGGCGUUUUUGGCCACCGCGAUGAGCAAGGUGAUGCCCAUCUCCGCCUUCGGGAUCCUGAGCGCCACGAUGGUGUUCUUCCUCUUCGUCGUCAACGUGGCGUUUUUCCCCCCCGCGCUGAUGCUGUACGACAGGUACGUGGGCAAGAUGUGCUCGUGCGCUCGGUUGGUAGGGGACAAGGCUGCGAACGCGGAGGUUCCCGGUUCGAGACCCGCGAGCGCCGACGGGUCCCCCACGUCGACCGCCACCCUGAGCAACGACGCCGCCCUGAACGACACCGCGCGCGUGAGGAUCCACGCCUGGGAAAGCUCGGAAAAAACCCCGACGUUGACGUUGGCUCCGACUCCGACGAAAGCGGCGACCGGCGGCGGCCGCGUUCGACGCGUCACCGUCAACCCCUUCGCCCUGCGCGGCUCCUACGCCGCGGACCGCGGCGACGGAAGCGACGACUCGUCGAUGGACGACGCGGAGAGCGGGACGAAAAACUUUGCCAUGGACAAGAAGAGGCUGCGACCGGUGGAGUGGUUCUACCGCGAACCGUUUUUCCGGUUCAUCAAGUCGCCCGCCAGGCACGCGAUACUCGUCGCGUUCGUCGCGCUCCUCCUGUACGGCGCCUGGGGCGCGAACAAGCUGGAGCCCCCCGCGCAGCAGGAGCAGUGGUACCCGAGCGAUCACAUGAUGCAGGCGUUCGCGAACAAGCGCGAGGCGUUCGCGAGCAGCGACGAGGACCGCGUCAUCGUCGUCGACGUCUUCUGGGGAUUGGACGGCAUGGACGUCUCGUCCGUGAACAGGUGGAAGCCCGCGGAGCGCGGCGAGCUUCGUCUCACGCAGACGUUCGACGCGAGCUCGCCCGAGGCGCAGACGCACCUCGCGAACGCGUGCGACGAGCUUAAAGCGGCGACGUGCGACGCGCCCGGCUGCGAGGGCGGCACGCUGCUUCGCAACGGCGCCGCCGCGAGGGUCAUCUGCCCGAUGCGGGAUUUCGCAAAGUACCAGUCGGCGCUGAACCGCACGUUCCCGGCGGCGAAGGAGUCGUUCGCGUCCGAGAUGUACGAGUUUCUAUCGACCAAGCACGGCAAGUUUCUGCGCAAGCACGUCGGCUUCGAGGCUGCCAACGCUGACGGCUCCGUGCCCAAGAUGUUUUACUACCGCGUCACCGCGGAUUCGUCGCUCAAUUACCCGGCGGUGGCGAGGACGGCGCGGCCGGUGUUUGAGCGGUGGGAGAGCGUCGUGGAUUCGAUCAACGCCAAGGCUCCCGCGGGCGUGAACCGGGCGUUCAGCACCGGGUACUGGUCGUGGACGUGGAUGAAAACGCAGGAGGCGCUCGUGCAGAACACGGUUCAGGGUCUGCUCCUGUGCUUCGUGAUGGCGUUUGUCGUUCUGGUCGUCUCCACCGCCGACCUCCGAGCCGGCUUCCUGGCGACCGUGGCGAUCGCUGGCACCGUCACGACCGUCAUGGGCGUCGGCGUCCACGGCAUAAUGGGCUGGGACCUCGGCAUAGGCGAGUCCAUCGCCGCCGUCAUCCUCAUCGGCCUCUCCGUGGACUACUGCGUUCAUCUGGCAAACGCGUACGUGGAGGCGCCCGCGUGGAUGACCACGCGCGAGCGAAGGACGCAGCACGCGUUGAUGAUCAUGGGCAUCAGCAUCACGGCGUCCGCGGUGACGACGGUGAUAUCCGGCAGCAUCCUGUGGCUGUGCAUCCUCAAGUUUUUCAGCAAGUUCGCGUUCCUCAUCACGGCGACGAUUGUUUCGUCGUUUUUUUGGAGCGUGUUUUUCCUCCCCGCCGCACUCAUCACGUUUGGGCCGCUGCCCGACGACAAGUGGUCCAACCUGAAGCCGCUGUUCAACGCGAUGUGCGCGUUGUGCGUCAGGCGGAGGUGA